AUGACGAGUACUCUGGGCAACGCGUCACGCGAUAGAUCGAGUGCAGCUGCUGUCGAAGCGUCGCUCAGCGACGGCAAGAAACAUUUGCUCGUCGCUGCGAGCGGAUCAGUCGCAACGAUCAAGCUGCCUCUGAUCAUCUCGUCGUUUGCCAAGUACCCCAACGUGUCCAUCCGCGUCAUCCUCACCAAGUCGGCGUCCGAGUUUCUGGCGGGGCAGUCGAGCGAGCAGCCGGCGCUCUCGUCGCUCUCGUCGCUGCCGAAUGUCGAGGGCGUCCACGAGGACGAGGACGAGUGGGCCGAGCCCUGGGUCCGGGGCGCCAAGAUCCUGCACAUCGCGCUGCGACGGUGGGCGGAUAUCCUCGUCGUGUCCCCGCUGAGCGCCAAUACCCUGGCCAAGGUCGUCAACGGCAUGUCGGAUAACCUGCUGACGAGCGUCAUCCGGGCGUGGGACACGACGGGGCUGAUUGACGGCAAGAACUCGAGGAUCCUAGUCGCGCCGGCGAUGAACACGGCGAUGUGGAUGCACCCGUCACGGCCAAGCAUAUCCGCGUCCUGGAGCAGGAAUGGGGGUGAAGGAAGGCGGGGCGUCUGA